GGAUGUUGACGCACAGAGAUGCAAUAGUACAAUAGUACAAAUAUACUCCGCGGAGUACUCCGUAUAGACCGUUAUGUGAAUGUGCACAGGAGACACAGGCCAUGUCAAUCUGGAGUAAUUCCUCCGUAGUCCCUGCGCAAAGAGCACAGCUCCGUAUGUACUCCAAAAAAAGCAACAGAUGGUCCCUGACGUACUGCAGAUCGAGACAUUCCAACCAUCGGAGAGAAGAACAUUUGAGCAAUUCCGGGAGACGUGGCCUCUCCUUUUUUCCCUUAAGAGAUCUCAGUGGUUCUUGUUUCUACCUGGCAGUGUCUAUACGCUGUAGCCAGCAAUAAAGCAAGACUUUAACCCCUGAUGUCUCCAUAGUAGUCGUAACUUCCAGUGUACAUAGACAUAGUACGGAAUAAACUCUAGAGAG